ACUAAAAGGAGAAAUCCCUUGUCCCAAACCAACCAAAAAAGAGUGACGGCGAAAAAAGCCAAAACCAGUUCUUAAACCCUCGACACAGUGGCACAGAGACACUCCCAAAACCCAGAAAAUGUGGCGGACCGUAGACGUCCACCUGAGAGCGCUGCGUUUCUUCCCCUCACCACAGCCUUCCUUCACAAUCAGGCCCGUCCGUACAAUUCUAACCCCAAAGGCUCACACUCUCAUAGCCCCACAAACCCUAAGCCUCCGCACCAUCGUCACCACCUCCGUUUUCUCGAUCUUCAAAGGCCUCGGAACCCGCGGUUCUGGCUCGAAUUUCGGUCUGACCGUCGUGCGAUGCGUUUCUUCCGUCUCUCCGGCGCCGACGUUGGAGUGGAACGAGCCGGUGUCGUGCUCCGAGGUCGGCAAUGGCGAUAGUGGCAGCGUGGAGGAGGAUAGUAAGUCCUCUAUUCCUGUCAGAGCCUAUUUCUUCUCUACCAGUGUGGACUUGAGAAGCUUAGUGGAACAGAACAAACCCAAUUUCAUUCCGCCAGCAUCGCGUAUGACUAAUUAUGUUCUUCUUAAGUUUGGCAAACUUUCUGAGACCAAUGGUUUGGGGAAUUCCUUAAGUGGAAGUAACUGCUGUUACAUGGUAGUUUUUCAGUAUGGCUCCAUUGUCUUGUUUAAUGUCCGUGAACAUGACGUUGAUGGGUAUUUAAAAAUUGUAGAGAAACAUGCAUCAGGAUCACUCCCCGAAAUGAGAAAGGACGAGUAUGAGGUGAGAGAGAAGCCUGCUUUGAGCACAUGGAUGGAAGGUGGAUUAGAUUAUAUAAUGUUGCAGUACCUGAAUAUUGAUGGGAUCCGUACUAUUGGUAGUGUUCUUGGCCAAAGUAUUGCUCUUGAUUAUUAUGUACGCCAGGUUGACGGAAUGGUUGCAGAAUUUACUGAUAUAAAUCGUGAGAUGGAAACAACUGGAAAAUUCAAAAUGCAGAGGAAAAAACUUUUUCAGUUGGUGGGAAAGGCAAAUUCUAAUCUUGCUGACGUGAUUCUUAAGCUUGGUCUUUUUGAGAGGUCAGACAUUGCGUGGAAGGAUGCAAAAUAUGCUCAGAUAUGGGAAUAUCUCAGAGAUGAAUUUGAAUUGACUCAGAGAUUUGCAAGUCUUGAUUUUAAGUUGAAGUUUGUGGAGCACAAUAUCCGGUUUCUUCAGGAAAUUCUUCAAAAUAGGAAAUCAGAUUUUCUGGAAUGGCUCAUCAUUGCGCUGAUAGGUGCUGAAAUACUUUUAUCUGUCUAUGACAUUGUCCAUAGGUCAGCAAUUAAGCUUUAGCACUAAUUUCCGGUGGUGCAUUAAGCCAGAACUAAUGCUUUGUUCUGACUGGAUGUUCGAGUUGUUGUACAAUUAACUCUUUUUAACUUUUUUGUUACUUCGAAGCGUUUCACACCAGUCCAUUUUGUAUUUUGUAAAUAAACUGUUUAAUUUAUUAUAAUAAUAUUCUUUUGAAUCA